AUGGCCUUCAUCGACCUGACCAAGGCCUUCUUCUCCAUCAACAGGGAGGCCCUCUGGUGGACCUUCAGCCGUUUAGGCUGCCCACCACAAUUCAUCGCCAUUGAGGAAGCUGUUGUGACCUCGGAGGCGGUGUUGGCGUCCUUCAAGGGUGAAGUUGGUCCUUCCAAAUGGCGCAGCUGCUGUGAGGCCGCCGUCCAGUGCUGCGACCAAAUGCUCACCGCCUCCUGGCCUACUGGUCACUGUCCGAACACGUGGGACGGCUGGCAGUGUUGGUCAGCCACACCCAGAGACACCGAGGCUAUGAGACCCUGCCCCUCCUACAUCUACUACGGCAGGGAACCUUCAUGUGCCAAACAGGCGACGAAGAAAUGCGAGACGGAUGGCAUGUGGUUCCGUCGGACGGGAUCAGGUCAGGAGUGGAGCAACUACUCGUCAUGCAGUGUGGAGCACAACAUCCACCGUCGCCUGUACGUCCACAUCGCCGCCUACAGCGUCUCGGUCGCCGCCCUUCUCCCCGCCCUCUGUAUCUUCUUGUCCUAUAAACAGCUGCGUGUUCACCGCAUCACGCUGCACAAACACCUGUUUCUGAGUCUGCUGCUGGAAGCGGUGGGCGUUAUCACCUUCAGGUUCCUGCAGCUGUACAAGAAAGACCUCAUCAACCAGAACCUGACGUGGUGCGUGACACUGAACCUCCUGACCAAGUACACCAGCUUGAGCAACUAUAUGUGGUACCUCUGUGAAGGCUUCUACCUCCACAAGUUGCUCGCCUCCGCCUUCGCUGAGCAGAACAGCCUCGUCAUCUUCUACCUCAUUGGCUGGGGUUUCCCGUUGGUGCCUCUGACGGUGUACAGUGUGGUGCGGGGGUUGCGUGACGAUAACACAGACUGCUGGAUAAUGCCGAACGAAAGCCUCGACUGGAUCAUUAACCUGCCGCCGCUCCUGGCUAUCCUGAUCAAUAUCAUCUUCGUGGUGAACAUCAUCCGUAUCCUGGUGAGCAAAGUCAGAGCAACCAAUGGCAACGAACCCAGCCAGUACAGGAAGGCUGUUCGGGCUACCAUGAUGGUGGUGCCGCUGUUCGGGCUUCAGUACAUCGUGACCAUCUACCGCCACCAGGAGCUAGGCUGUGACUGGCACGACAUCUACCAAAUCUUCAACAAUGUGAUAGAGGGCAGCACGGGCGCCGUCGUGGCCAUCAUCUUUUGCUACACCAACGGAGAGGUGCUGGCGCUUUUGUCGAGGUCAUUCCAACGAUAUAAGAUGCAGAGGAAGCUGGGUGGUAACCGGGCCAACAGUGAGGCGACCCAAAGUGGGACUCAGACAAUCAACUUGCAACCCAAAGCUCACCACCAGACUGACGCGCCCCUGGCCUAGAUCACAGCGACUCACAUCACCGGCGGUCGUAUCACGUUACUCUCGCCUAGCUUCAGGUUGUGAGGUGUCGCUGUUCAUGUGCCUGUCUCACACAAACCUUCCUGGACCCUUUGUUCGUCUUAGUUCACACGUUUCUUGUGUGUGUUUGUGUCUCCUUUCUGUUGUAGUUUUCAGAUUUCACUUUGUAUACACACAGUUUUUACAUUUUGCUUGAACUGUUUACGGACCUUUUAGCUUCUCCUCUUGUGGUGUAGUUUUUGCUGCUGGUCCUGUGAUGUCCGAGUGCUUAUGUGUUUAUAUAAACGUUCCCCAACACGGCGAGAUAUUGCUGUGUUGAGGAUAUUAUGUUUACUGAGUUACCCCCGUUAAUGAUGGGCUAAAAUUGUCU